AUGGCUUGCAUGGCGUUUGCUUCUCGGCAGCUGGCAUUGCCAUCGCGCCUAGUCCGACCCUCCACAUGCAGGGCUUGCGCAGGGCACCUGCGCACCAGUGUGCGCCACAACACGAUGACGAUGACAACGGACCGGGGCGGGAUGACUGAGGCGAUGUACAAUUGGAGGGUUGCGGCGGUGCACAACGCCUUGAAGGAGAUGGGAAAAGAGACUGGAGCUUUGCACGUGACGGAUCUGACAGCUCUCGGACACCUGGAUCAGUAUCACUACGGUGGUAUACAGGCUAACGACCACGUCAUCGAAUUGCUGGGAAUCGAUAACACAGUGCACUGCCUGGAUGUUGGCUCUGGCAUCGGCGGUCCUGCAAGGUAUAUCGCCAGCAAGACCGGGUGCCGGUUGACGGGCGUCGAGCUGCAACCAGACAUCUGCCGCGCUGGGCAGGAGCUGACAGAGCGAGUACCCGGGCUUGCGGACAGGGUCAACUUCAUGGUUGGAGACAUCAUUACGCUGUCGAAGACCAAGGAGAUCCCGGACGAGACCUUCGACCACUUCCUGUCACUCCUCGUGUUCUUGCACAUCCCCGAUCGAGCCGGACUCCUUCAGGCGUGCCAUAAUGCCACCAAGCCUGGUGGUACCUUUCUCAUUGAAGACUUCGCGGCCAAGCCAGGCAAGUCCUUCACUGAGUUGGAGCGAUCUUCCUUGCUGGAUGUUGUCUCCGCGCCCACAGUCACAACGCCAGAGCAGUAUGUCGCCGACUUGCAUGCGGCCGGCUUUGUGGACAUACGAGUGGUGGAUCUCAGCGAGCAGUGGCGAAAAUGGACUAAGGCAGCCCAGGACCUGUAUUUCGAGUCGAAGGAUGAGACAUUGAAAAUGCAUGGGGAGGCCAUUUGUUGUGGUGCUUUCUGUAGGGUCAGAGCAGCGCGGUGUCACGAGUGGCCGAAGCAACUUAUGGGGUUGAGAUGA